UAUAUUUAUAGACAGGAAAAUCAUGAAAAAAGAAUUAACGGAAUGUUAAUUGAAUUUGUCUCCUCUUAUGAAGUAGCCGUCUAUCCUACUAUUCCAAGGAGUGUACAGAAAGAAAACUCAUUCAAAAACAUAUGAGAUAUGUGUUAAUUUAUGAUUUCACGGAUAAUUUGACUUAUAUAUCAGUUAAAUUGGCAGCUGUGUGUGUUUCUUGGACUUGAGUUACAAUAACCCAAUUUUUACAUGAUAGCAGAUGGGUAUUUUUGGUUUUUAAUUUAUCAACAUACUUUGGCAAUUUGAAUUUAUUUUCUAAGAUAACUUUUAUCCUCUUUGUUGAUGCAGUAUCACUAUAAACUGUAAACAACACAGACCAUCUGAUUCAUCCGUAGAAAAAAAACGACAAGCAUCUAUCUCUCUAAGAAGACGCUGAGAACAUUCAUGAAUUCAUAUACCUAAGCAAGGUGAAAGUAAAGUGCCGUUGGAAAUAUUCGGAAACAAGUUGUUAUGGAGUAAUAACUCCGAGGAUAUCCGUUUCAGUUUUCCUUGGCUUUAUUGUGUAUAAGCUAAUUAUAUUCGUAAACAUAUGUGAUUCAGUUUCCAAUAAAUACAUUCAUGUGCGAUGUUCUUGGACAAACACUUCAAAGUUGGAAUAUUUGACAUUAAUACAUCAAUUGGACUUAAAUUGGCAAUAUCGUUGGGCGCUAUUGUGUUUUAAUAUUCUAUUCAAAUGAUUUUAUCAAAGGGUUUUUGAUAGAAAUUGUGUUUCUCUAAAAAUAGACCAAAAUGUGUUGUCAAUCAAAAAACGCGAGUUGCUGUGCAAUUACUAGUUUUGUGCUCGCGGUUUGCGCGUACAUACUACACAUGUUCGGUUUUUACACCGUGGGAUGGGCAACAGCGGAUUUCCCGCCCGGUGCGACCAAUCAACUCAGUGUCGCCUGGUACUUUGGUCUCUGGGAUGAAUGUUAUGCUGCCGGGGCUGUAUUUAGAUGCAGAAAACAAGGAUGCGAACCCGACGGAUAUCCGGUUUGGUUCCCUUAUACUGGCUGGCUGAAAGCGACUCAGGCGUUUGAGACGCUUGGAUUUAUCGCUGCAGUCGCCGCCCUGAUCCUGAUCGUGCUUUAUGUGUUUGUGCCAGCAACUUCCGGGAAGAGAAUCGUCUUCAUCCUGUCCAUGGUCGCCUGCUUCAUCGCAGCCGGCUGUAUCCUUCUCGGAAUCAUCAUCUAUGGCACCAAGAUGGACUACAACCUAUCGUGGUCGUUCGCUCUAUGUUGUAUCGCUGGUAUCAUCUUCGCUGUAGCUGGUCUUCUCCUUGCAAUCGACUUCUGCAAGCGCUAGAGCUAUUUUUAGAAUAGUUACGUCAUCACUAGCGUUCGUGACGUCAUGCGCGGUAUCAUUGCGCAUGAAUAUCGAUUUGUUGGAAAUGGCGAGUUUUUAUGUUAAUUUCUUAUAAUAACUGCAACUGUUUGGUGUAUAUUAUAAGCAAAAUGGGUAUAUAAUGUAUCAGUGGCUGGUUAUACUAUUAUCAAUAGAAAGUUUUUGGUUUACAUUAUGAAUAUUAUAAUGGCGAAUGUCGACGCAUGAUAAACAUGUGACAGUCUCAUUUUUUUCAACGCAUCUCAUUGAUAUAAAUCUGUUUCUAUUUGUCUAUUGAAAAUUUGGUAUUGCUUUCAGGAGAAUAUACUGGUCACAAUGUGACUUAAGUGUUCUUGAAAUGAUUUAGCGCAAACUUCAUACGAAACGUUUGAGGAAUAGACGUAAUGUUAAAAGCACGAUACAAGGAUAAGGAUUAUAUCAGGGAAUUAAUAGUUCAAUAAGUUCAACUUAAGUGCAAAUGUUCCAUAAACUAUUGUGUUCUAUUUAGUGAAUGUAUAUAAUUAGUAUAUAAAACAAUACUUUGCAAUGUUGGAAAAGAAUAAAUGAUUGGAAAAUUUAGUAAGAAGAAAAAUCUUCGUAUGAACGUUUCCUAUAGAACACUGUGUGCUGAAAUAUAAGUCUUUUGAACCGCGACACGCAGAAUUAGGUCUUACAGUGAAUAUGACGUCAUCGAAAAAUAUGACGUCAUAAUUGCAUGUAACAUUUGAAUGACGGCGCCCAUUGCGUGACUUUAAUUUUAAUUUAAGGGGCACGACACAUUAAAGGGAGAUUUUACUUCUUUUUAUGAAUAACAUGUCUGAUAUAACAAUAGCAAAAAUAAAACUGACUUGUCAAAUAUUGCAUUAAGAGCCACUUUUGCGUGUUGCGGUGCUUAUAACGGUGCUAUUUUGUUUCAUCUGUAAUUGUGCCUUUUUCUGAGCUAUUUUUGCUAUUUGUGAAAGAAGUGUUUAGCUGUUUAUAAAUGAAUAUGUCUAUCAUUGGAACAGAAAGAGUGCAAGUCAGGUAUAUACUUUACAAAAUAGAUUUUCAAAAACUUAAAUAUGAAUAACCCUGAAUAUUCAAAAAGAUAAUAUAAAUACAGAACAGUUUAUUAACAUAGAUCUAUAUUUUAAUAUUUUUUAAAGUGGCAAAACCAUCAAUUAUUUUACAUUUUCUUCUGAUUUUUAUUUUCAGACUUUUUCAGAAUUGCCUUACAAUAUAUUGUUUAUUUUUAACUGUUUUCUACACUUUCAAAGGGAAUCUAUUUUUCUAUGAGACUUUUAAGUAUACAUGUCCAUGCCGAAUGUUAGACAAUAUAGCUUAAUUUGCCAUUCGUUUGCUUUUAAUUGGUGUAUUUUUUUAGUUCAUUGUAUUUUAUUGUAUGUUUGGAAACCUUUUAUAUAUACGAUAAAUAAAACAGUUUUACAGAA